AUGAUGUCUUGGUCCCAAGGCAGCUACCAUCUGUGGGCUGUCUGUCAAUUCGCUGUGGACACUUCUUUUGCUCCAGCUCGGGAAGCUGGCAAAUCCCUUGGCUCUCAAGACCCUUCUUCUUCUUCUUCUGAAUCAGUUGUCUCCGAGUCCCACUUCUCUGAAACCAAGUUGGCUGCCAUAAACGGAUCUCAACUUCAUGAAACUGGUGAGCAGCAGUCACUCAUGGAAAACCUUGAUACCCUUCUUGACAAAUCGGACAGAGCUCAUCUGCUUGUCUUUCAUCUGGCAAAGUCAGCCUUGUGUACAAACCCAACAUCUGUGAGUUUUGUCUAA